GUCUCCGAGCUUCCCCUAACCAAUCAAAUCCGCUCCUCACACUACAUAAGUAGAUGUGCCUCCUAGCAGAGACACAUUUCCCCUGUUUGAGAUUCAAGCACUACUUCUGAGGGACCUUGGCAUUCCGGCCUGCAGCAUUUAAAAAAGAAAAAAUUGCAAGUAGAGCCUACAAUAUUUUACCGGUAAAGAGAAAUGGCAAAGUGUACUUUGUUGCUGAUUUUGACAACAGCCAUGUCGAUGGUGGCACAGACAAAGGCGGGUUCGCUCAGACUGAAAAGACUGACUCUUUUAGAUUUUCCCAAUCGUGGAUCAGAUGGCUUCUGCCAUCAUGGUGGUACUCCUGUGUCCUCCUUGUUUGGGAAGUACUUUUUCUGCUUGUGUUCAGCUGGUUACGGUGGCAAGCACUGUGAGCUAGAUACAUCAGCCACCUGCUACACAGGGACAGGGAUCUUCUACAGAGGAAAGAUGUCUCAGUCAGAGACUGGACGUAGGUGUCUGCAGUGGGACCGACCAACCAGAAAACACCUGACAGAGUCGGAUAUCAACUCUGGGAGACACAACUACUGCAGGAAUCUGGAGUACAAAUGGCGUCCGUGGUGUUUUGUCCUGAAAGGGGGCAAGAGGGUGCAGGAGUAUUGUGACAUUCCUCGCUGUGGUUUCCAGACAGGUCCACUUGCUGCUGGCCAUAUAUUUGCUGAGCCUAUUGUACCAGUAACAGAGUCACCUCUCAUGGAGUCCCAUAUCACAGAGUCCCCUCUCAUGGAAGCCACAUGUGGCCAGCGUCUUGGGAAGCAAAUGAAGAUCGUUGGAGGGACAGUUGCUGCUGUGGAAUCCCACCCAUGGAUUGCAGCCAUUUUCUGGAAGGGCAGGCAGAAUACUGAGAGGGUGUUCCGAUGUGGAGGGAGCCUGAUUUCUUCCUGUUGGGUGCUGACUGCUGCCCACUGCUUCCCUGAUGGUUCUAAAACCAUGGGCCACAGCCUUUUUGUCACUCUGGGGAAGACUGCCAUCAACGAGACCGAUGUCACCAAAGAACAGACUUUUCAGGUGGAAGAAGUUAUUGUUCACAAAGAGUUCGACAACAGUGAAGGCAAUUUCAACAAUGACAUUGCUCUCCUGAAGUUACAGCCCAUAGAUGGCCAGUGUGCUGAGGAGACCGGCUCCGUUCGGACUGUGUGUCUGCCUGCAGCAAACUGGGCCCUGAGGAAGGGUACCUCCUGUGAGAUUGCUGGCUACGGAAAAGAGAAGGAGGGUUUAUGGUACAAUUCACAAUAUCUGAGGGAGGCGAAGGUUGCCCUGUUGGCCCGGGAUGUGUGCUCAGAUAAAGAGUAUUAUGGAAACAUGAUCACAGAAAACAUGGUCUGUGCUGGGAAACCAGACUGGAGUCAAGAUGCGUGCAAAGGGGAUUCUGGGGGACCCAUGGUGUGUGAGGUUGACAACCGGAUGUUCCUCUUUGGAAUCGUCAGUUGGGGAGAGGGGUGUUCCCGAGCCUUCCGGCCAGGCGUGUACACAGCAGUGACCAAUUACAAUGACUGGAUAGAAGAGAAUACAGGCCUAUCGUACGGAGAGCCAUGACCUCAGGCUCUAUGGACAAAUUCAUAUCCCGUUCAGUCUCUUCCUUCAGACUAAACGGAAUUAAUAGAUAUCCUGUUUGGUGUCAAACUUCAGGCUGUAUGGAAUGAAUUCACAUCCUGUUAAGACUAUAUUCAAAUAUUUUAUUGUGUUGUAUAGUUGUACAUAACAAAAUAUGUUCUCCGGACAUUAUGUAUCAGUUUUAAUAAAAUAUAUUUUUUAAUGUA